AUGCCGCACAUUGCCGAGGCUAUCACGCCCGAGGCGAAGGAGCUCUGGCGGCCUUCGUCCCCUGAAACGACCCUGAUCUACGACUUCAUGACCAAGGUGAACGAUACGCAUGGCCUGUCUUUGAAGGAUUACAAUGCUCUAUGGAAAUGGAGUGUCUCGGAGCCCGCCCAGUUUUGGGAGGACAUCUGGCACUACACGCACAUCAAGGCCCACGAGCCGUACAACAAGGUCCUCGAGUCGGAGCAGAUGAUGUUCCCUCGGCCAACGUUCUUUGAAGGGAGCACUCUCAAUUUCGCCGAAAAUCUCCUUUACCCGGCCAAUGCGCCGAGUGAGGAUUCGAUCGCGGUCAUUGGUGCCACAGAGGCCGACCGCGAGUUCAUCUCGUGGAAAGAGCUGCGCGAGCGGGUUCGAAAAUGCGCGAUUGCCUUGAAAGAGGCUGGUCUAAGGACCGGUGACCGGGUUGCGGGCUUUGUUGGCAACCAUGCCAACACCGUCGUCGCGAUGCUGGCUUCGGCGUCAAUCGGCGCUUUCUGGACUGGCGUGUCUCCCGAUACCGGUGUCCACGCUGUUCUCGAGCGUCUCAAGCAGAUUGAGCCGAAGAUCCUCUUUGCGGACAACGCCUCGCUUUACAAUGGCAAGGUGCAUGGAUCCUUUGCCAAGGUCCUCGAGAUUGUUUCGGAGCUGCCUGGUGUGGAGCUACUGGUGGUGUUUGAGAUCGCCAAGUCCGUUGAUUUUAGCCUCGAGGAGGUUCGUCCGGCGAAUGGAAAGGCUGUGACAUAUAGAGAGUUCCACUCCGCCGUCCUUGACAAGGCCGCUCCGCUGGAGUUUGCAAGCUUGAAGCCUGAGCAUCCUGUCUAUAUUUUGUACUCGUCGGGUACCACAGGCGCUCCGAAGCCCAUUGUGCAUGGAUCAUUGGGCACGUUGCUUCAACAUAAGAAGGAGCAUCUCCUUCACUGUGACAUCCGUCCUGGUGACCGGCUCUUCUACUUCACCACCACUACCUGGAUGAUGUGGCAUUGGCUCGUUUCUGGUUUGGCCAGUGGCGCGACCAUUGUUCUGUAUGACGGCUCGCCAUUCCGACCAUUCGAUGUGGAGGGUGGUCGAGGAGAAAUGGCGAUGCCACGACUCAUUGAUGAGCUUCAGAUCACCCAUUUCGGUACCUCUGCCAAGUACCUGUCCAUGCUGGAGCAGGCGGCACUGAACCCUCGCAGGCAUGCGCACCGGCCAGUGACUCUAAAGACGCUGAGAGCAAUUUUCAGCACUGGGUCACCCUUGGCUCCUUCGACUUUCGAGUAUAUUUACUCCUCUAUCCACCCCGACAUCAUGCUAGGCUCCGUCACCGGUGGUACAGACAUUUUGUCUUUGUUCGCCUCGGGGUGCCCAAUUCUACCUGUCUACAAAGGCGAGAUUCAAUGCCGCUCUCUUGGCAUGGCGGUUUCAGUCUUUGAUCACGCUGGAAAUGAUAUCAGUGCCUCGGGUGAGCCUGGCGAUCUCGUCUGCACGACACCUUUCCCAGCACAGCCUGUCAUGUUCUGGCCCCCCGGUCCUACCGGCCAGGAGAAGUACCGAAAGAGCUACUUCGACGUGUUUGGCCCUUCGAUUUGGCAUCAUGGAGACUUUGUACGCUUGAACCCACAGACCGGCGGAGUGGUCAUGCUGGGUCGCAGCGAUGGAGUGCUCAAGCCGUCCGGUGUCCGGUUUGGGAGUGCAGAAAUAUACAACGUUCUGCUCAAGCACUUUGCCGAUGAGAUUGAAGACUCUUUGUGUGUGGGCCGGAGGCGAGAUGGCAUUGAUACCGAUGAGACGGUUGUGCUCUUCGCCAAGCUCGCACCUGGCUGUCCCUCUGAUAUGAAGGACCUUUCUGCACGGAUUCAGGCCAUCAUUCGCAAGGAAUUGAGCGCUCGUCAUGUUCCUGGUAUCAUUGAUGCUUGCCCGGAGAUUCCGGUGACCUCUAAUGGUAAGAAGGUUGAAAACGCAGUGAAGCAGAUCCUGUGCGGUCUCAAUAUCAAGAUUGGAGCAAGUGUUGCCAACGCUUCUUGUCUUGACUGGUAUCGCAACUGGGCUUUAGAGCACUCAUAA